UGGCUUUCGCUGUGGGGUCCUUCACCGGCUUACCGUUAUUUAGCCGGGAAAGGGCAGCGGCGGCUUUAAGGCUUAAAGGGCCAUGCCUCUAAAAAAGUUGGCUGCCCAAUAAGGUCGGGGGGAACCAGGAAUUGGGGGCAUCGCCAGGAUCGGGGAGCGAAUUAAUGCAGGGAAGGGAAAAGGGCGAUUCGGAUCUAGAAAGCGGAGCGGGGCAGGUUUCCACUGCGCAGGAGAUCAUUUCUUUCCUUUAUUGCAGGAUGGAACAAACUCAGUUACUGGACUGGGAUGGAGAAGGCGAUUCCACUGAUGGGUCUGAUGCUGCCGGGGAGACCCCCAAACCCGUGGGGCGCCUGCAUCUGCUUAGCAGCAAGUACGGCCCUGAGAAAGAUUUCUGGAUCUACCCUGGCCAGAACAUCAUUGGUCGUUUGGAAAGCUGUGACGUCUGCUUGCCUGCUUCUUCUGUUUCCAAAGCACAUGCCGUGAUCGAGGUCCCCUCCUCCCACGGUCCCCACCUUUUGUAUGAUCAGGGCAGCUUGAACCGGACUCGGCGCCAGCGUGUCACCUUGAUCCCUCAGGUCCGGUACAGCCUUCAGGAUGGGGACACCUUGCUCUUUGGAGAUGUGGGAUGCCAGUACUUCAUCUUGGUCCCGGAUGCGGACUGUGAAUCCCCCGAGGACUCCAUGGUGGUGCCACCCACCCAGGAAAGAGUGGAGGCCAGUGCGUUGGCCAUUGAGGAAACACCUGCGCCGGGGAGGAGAACAGGCUUUGGGCAAGUUCUGGUCCAGGAUUCUGACAAGGAGGAGGAAGAGGAAGAAGAAGAAGUGGUGAAUGGAACAGGAAGCCACCUGGAUCACACCGCAAGAGAUGGAUCUGAUUGCUCUAACAAAAAUGGCACAGGAGGACAUGUGAGUUUGGCUUCCCUUGGCGUCUCCCUUCCCUCGGCUACGGUGGUGCCUGAAAGUGAUGAAGAAAGUGAGGACCCUUCAGUCAGUGGCCCGCCCUGCCCUGCUCUGCGCCUUUCCUUUGAGAGCCAGGAUGCUGAACCAGGUCUGGUAGAGAAUAGUGGUGGUCAUUCCUCCAAUAGAGAAGGCUCUGGAGAGCCCACAAGUAAAGAGGAGGGAGUUUCCACUGAACAUGGCCUGGUGGAAGAGUUCCAUUUGGACAGCGAUACAGAUGUAGAGGAUGAAAACCAAAUGGGUUGCACCUCUGAAGCACCAAGAUCAUUGGACCCAGCAAAAAGUGAUAGGGGCCUAGAAGUGGACACUGACACUGAUCUGAAGGAGUCUUCAGUGAUGGCUCCAGGCACUAGUUGUCAAAAAUAUUCCCAAACGGCCAUUGAGGUGGGCAGUGAUACAGAUGUGGAGGAGGAAGUAGAAAGCCCAGCUGUCUUGGGAGUAAAGCUCCCCUCUACUUCUGCUGAAAAUGGAGAUGAUGACACUGAUGUGGAAGCAGAAAUGGAAAAUCCAAGUGUUGUUUGUCCAGGAAGGCAUGAGCCUGUUUCCCCAAAGGAAGAUGAUUGCAAACAGUUGGAAGACAAUGUAGACAUCCCUUAUCCCCAGAGUGUCCAGCUUGGUGGGAAAAAGGAUGAUGAUACAGAUGUGGAGGCUUUGAAUAAUCCAGAAAGUGAUGUGAAUGCCCUGCCUCCCACUGGACAUGUAGAUGUUGACACAGAUGUGGAAGACUCAUCCCUCAAGGGAGAGACUCCAUGUAGGGCUGUGAAGAACUGUGUUGUUGGUGUUGACAGUGAUGGUGAUGAUACUGAUGAGGUGAUUAAACUGGGGCUGGAGAGUUCAGAAGUUGCUUGUCCUCAGAGGACCUGUUCUUCAAGUGGUAAGGACAGCAGCACCAAUAUGGAAGAGAUCCCCCUCAAGAGGAUUGUGCCAGAUGAUCAUAAUGCCAGUGAGAGACAUGGUGAUGUGGUAGGGUUGACAAAGGAUUCUAAUGUUGAAUCUGAGAUGUGUUACGAAGUUGGUGACAAAUCUCCUAGGGACUUAAAGAGGAAGGAACCCUUGCCAAACCCCAAGCAUCAGUACUUGCCCACAUUCUCUCUGGAUGGUGAUACAGAUGGGGAAGAGGAGGCUGAUAAUCCAGAUGUGGAGUCAAAGAAAAGCCAGCAAGUCUCCAGUGCUGAGUCUAGCAAAGGAAGCAGAGGGAGCCACUUUGAGAAUCCAGAUAUUGGGCCUCAGGAAGACUCUACAUCUGUACAAGACAGGGAGAGUGAUACUAAUGUGGAAGUGAUGUCCUUGUGUCAUGGGAAAUCUAUGGCUCAAGACAGUGAUACAGGCACAGAGGAAGUUGCUGCAAAGCCCCUAGAAGAUCAAGGCACUCAGUUAAUAAUCCCAGUGAGAUCUCAGGUGGGAGGAGAGCAGUUGGCUUCUUGUGCGCUGCAAACGGGAGCGUCCCUCAACUCUUGUGAAGACAAUGAAGACACAGAUGGAGAGAGAGAGGAAUCCUAUUCAGCAGAUGAGAGCAACACCGAUGAUGAGCUUGAUUUGACCUUGCAGGCAACACAGUGUUUCCUGCCAACUGAAACCACACCUCCUAGAACUGAGAAAGCUGGAGGUAUCACAGCUACAGAUUCCAGUUGCGCUCUGGAAGACGAGCCCACUCAGGCAUUUGACUUCAAAUCACCCUUUUUACCCACCAGACUUCAACUCGGGAACAUAUGCAGCUCUCCUUUGAAAGAUGACCAGGAUUCUGGCCCAGAAGAUGACAUGCUGGAAGCUACUCAGCCCUUCUGUCAGGAGCCUGAGCGAGUCUUAGAAGAGCACCCCCAGGCUGGGGCUGGCAAAGAGAAGGGGAACCAAGAACUGCUUGUCCAGAACCAACCUGAAGAGGGGAAACUCUCUGAGCAGGUCCCCCAGCCCGACUUCUCAGCUUCAACCUCUCAGGGAGAAGAGACCACCAGCCUUCCAGGGGACCACCCUCUGCCCUAUACGGUGGAGAUGCCCUCUCUGCACUCCUCCUUGCAGACAGCAGGGGGCACCCCUGAAGAGGAAACCCAGCCUCUCCGGUCUGUGCAAAUUCCCCCUGCUGGCGGCAAGCGAGCCUGGACUCCGCAGGAGAAGAGGGUGGAGGAAAGGGGUCUGGUGGUCCCCGAAGAUGGAAGCCCUUCAGUGGUGAUGCUGAUGCUGAGCGAGGCAACUCCUGUGGGUGACGAGAUGGAAGAAAACUCGGCGUUCGUAAGAGAAGCAAGGAAUGCUAAGCAGGGGGUGGAGCCAGCCCAGGAGGAACCCGCUUCAGCGGUGUCUUCUGCCCGUCAGCAGCGGCGCAGCCUGCGAUCUUCAGCCUCCUCUGCUUCACCCACCCCUGUCCUGAAAAGACGAAGCCUCCGCCAUCAUGGAUCUGGUGCUGUCGCUGCGGCCGGCCAACCGGCUGCCCCAGAGACCAGCCGUAGGGGGCUGAGGCGGCUCAGCGACAGAGGUCAGCAAACGAGGGAGGCGGCGGAGGCACCAAAACAGCCUGGAGAAGAGGGGCCCAGGAAGAAGGCCAGGAACAGAGACCUGACGGCUGCUGCUGCCCAUCAAGGUCGAACCAGGGGCUCGCAGAGGGAAUCCAGGGCUGCCAGGAGGGUGGCGGAAGGAGCAGCAGCUGCUGCCUCGGGCAGCCCGGGGGCCAGGGAACCAGCAAAGCGGGUGAGGAGGGGUCCUGCCCACCACCCCGGGCUCAAAGAGCAGCCGGAGCUUCCAAGGACUCGGGCCAGCAAGCGCUCCAGCAGCAGCACUAGCACUUCCGUGAGCACCCCAAGCCCAAAGGAUUCUGGGAAAGGUGCCAAGCCUGGGCAGGAACCGGGCCUGUCCACUCCGUCUUCAGGAAGGAGCUUGCGACAUCACAGCACAGAAAGCAAACCGAUAGGUCAAAGGGCUUCAUCCUGCAAUCACACCCGGCGCUCUACUGCAUCUGGCAGCCCUGCCCCCAAGGUGCUGUUCACGGGCGUGAUUGAUGAGGAAGGGGAGCGCACAGUGGUUGAAUUGGGGGGUUCUCUGGCAGAGUCUGUUUUUGACUGCACCCACCUCGUGACGGACCGCGUACGCCGCACGGUCAAGUUCUUGUGCGCUCUGGCACGCGGAAUCCCCAUUGUGACCCUUGACUGGCUGGAGAAGAGCAGACGGAACGCUUUUUUCCUGGCACCAAACAGCUUCCUUGUUUGGGACCCUGAACAGGAGAACAACUUGCAGUUCAGCCUCUCCACGUCGCUGCAGACAGUACAGCUAAAAGGGGGGCUGUUCCAGGGCUACGAGAUCCACGUCACUCCUAAUGUGAAGCCAGAGCCAGAGCACAUGAAAGACAUUGUUAAGUGCAGCGGUGGGACAUUCCUGCCGAGAAUGCCGCGAGCCUAUAAGGACAAACGUAUUGUGGUUUCCUGCCCUGAGGACUUGUCCCGCUGCAAACCAGCACAGGAGGCGGGAGUUCCCAUCACUAACUCGGAGUUCAUCCUGACGGGCAUCCUGCAGCAGAAGGUGGACUUGGAGGCCCACCGUCUGAACGGCAGUGGCAGCCCCUCAGCUGCCUCCAGCCCUGUUGCUCCUCCUGCCAGGACCAGCAAGAGGAGGGCGCCCGCGCGGAUGGCCCCGGCCCCACCCAGCACAGCCAAGAGACGGCGCUGAUCCUGAAGGGCAGCAUUGCCUUAAAAUUGUACAUAUGGGUUUUUUUUAUAUUGCUGCCAAUAAACGGGGUAUGGAAAGGA